UCCGAGACUCGAAGGAGAAGUGGAGGUGGGAGGGAAAAACGAUGCAAAAAUCACCUAAAAAUCGGGGCGGGGAAAGGAAGCUGCCGUUAAGAAAGAGGGCUCGCUGCACAAGCUGCUGCAGAACGGUUGGGAGGCCGGGCGGGUUUCCUAGACCUAGGGAAGGAGCCAGGGCCAAGGCAACAGGACUUUUUCAAACUUCUCUGAUUUCGGGAAGUUGCUGGACAAAAACAUGGAACUGAUUUCCUCAGUAGCGAUUACAAUCCUAGGCUGCCUUGCUCUGCUCUUACUCCGUAAGUGGAAGAAUGUGCAUAGACCUCCGUGCAUCGAGGGCUGGAUUCCUUGGAUUGGAGCUGGAUUUGAGUUUGGGAAAGCUCCUCUAGAAUUUAUAGAGAAGGCAAGAAUAAAGUAUGGACCAAUAUUUACAGUCUUUGCUAUGGGAAACAGACUGACCUUUGUGACUGAAGAAGAGGGAAUUGAUGUAUUUCUCAAAUCCCCAAAAGUAAAUUUUGAACUAGCUGUGCAAAACACUGUCUAUCGUGCAGCAUCAAUUCCAAAGAAUGUCUUUUUUACACUGCACGAGAAACUCAAUAUUGUAGUGAAAGGGAAAAUAGGGACUGUCAAUCUCUGUCGAUUCCCUGGACAAGUGACUGAAGAAUUACAUGGACAACUAGAGAAUUUAGGUACUCAUGGGACGAUGGACCUGAAUGAAUUAGUGAGGCAUCUCCUUUAUCCAGUCACAGUGAAUAUACUUUUUCAUAAAGGUUUGUUUCCCACGAACAAGACGAAAAUCAAAGAGUUCCAUCAGCACUUUCGAGCUUACGAUGAAAGUUUUGAGUAUGGGUCCCAGAUGCCAGAAUGUCUCCUAAGAAACUGGUCAAAAUCAAAAAAAUGGCUCCUCACACUGUUUGAAAGAAACAUUCCAGAUAUAAAAACAUACAGAUCUGCAAAAGAUAAUUCCAUGACAUUAUUUCAGGCUGUGAUGGACACUGUAGAGAAGGAGACAAAUGAACGGCACUACAGCAGUUACGGCCUCUUACUGCUUUGGGCUUCUCUGUCCAAUGCUGUCCCUGUUGCCUUUUGGACCCUCGCAUUUAUCCUUUCUCAUCCCAACAUCCACAAGGCCAUUAUGGAAGGCAUGGCUUCUGUGUUUGGCACGGCAGGCAAAGAUAAGAUUAAAGUAACUGAAGAUGAAUUGAAUAAACUCUUUCUAAUUAAAUGGUGUAUUUUGGAAGCCAUUCGUUUAAGAGCCCCUGGUGUCAUUACUAGAAAAGUGGUAAAGCCGAUUAAAAUUUUGAAUUAUGUCAUUCCUCAUGGUGACUUGUUGAUGCUGUCUCCAUUUUGGCUACAUAGAAAUCCAAAGUAUUUUCCUGAACCUGAGCUGUUCAAACCUGAACGUUGGAAAGAGGCAAAUUUAGAGAAGUACUCUUUCUUGGACAGCUUCAUGGCGUUUGGAAGCGGGAAGUUCCAGUGUCCUGGAAGGUGGUUCGCUCUGUUAGAGAUUCAAAUAUGUAUUAUCUUAAUGCUUUAUAAAUAUGACUGUAGUCUUCUGGACCCAUUACCAAAACAGAGUUCUCUCCAUUUGGUGGGUGUCCCCCAGCCAGAAGGGCAAUGCCGAAUUGCAUAUAGACAAAGAAUAUGACAUCUGCUAGGCCUCAAGACGGCCAGGGCCUUCUGGAGGAGUGAUGCCACCCCAUCUAUGUAGCUGGCAAUGCCUAAGCCUGAGCUCUGCUAAAACAUGCUACUCCACCUUGCUUGGGACUCAAAGAAAAUGCACAAAUGCUGCUGUGUUUGGUGUCGUCAGCAGUGUACUAAGAAUCCGACAUCACUUUCCAUGAUAAAGAAGCACGAAUAUACGCUUUAUUAAAAAAUGCAUAAAUGAUUAAGAAAGGUAUUUUUAAAAAAUUGAAAUUUGGUUUCAUGCAUAAAUAUAACUUUAAAUAGAAGUAAUGUCAUUUGUAUGAAAAUCUUAGUACACUAAAUUCACUGUGUAGGCAACAUACUUAAAUUUCUAUUUUGAAUUAUAGCAGUCUUGGGUUGUAAAAAAAAGUUAUUAAAUAAUGAAAUGAUUUUUAGACUUUUUUUCUAUAUGACUCUCAACUAGCAUUUGGAAUUCUUAAUCUAACAUAAUUCUUUAUUUUAAACAGGUCUAAUGUUAAAAAUACAAAUGCUGAAAGUGUGAAUAAAAUGAUAGUUUCCAAAAUCUGUGAGGAGAGAGAUCAUGUCUUAUGCUCAUUUCUCCAUCCCAUUAUGCCCAGAAUAGCACCUUCUCCACGGGGCGUAUUCAAUAAAUGCAUGUGCGUUGAUGUGUUGAUUUGUAUUUUA